UAAAAAUGGAUCAAGUGCCAGAACCAGCAAAAACAAAACUAAAGAAAGAGCAAAAGAAGAUUUUCAUGUUUCUUAAUCAAAUUCACGCAAAUAACAAAUAAACUCAAGACUGCUAAAUUUGAUAAUUUAAGGAUCACAUUUUAUCCAAAUAAAUAAUCCCAAGAAGAAAAUACAUUGGAAAAGAUCUUCUACUAGCCAUGUUGUUCACCAUAGCCCAAUGAAGCAUAAGAAAAGAGUGAAUAGUGUAUUCCGAGCGCCUGACCCUUCAAAAAUAAAUCAAGAGUCAAAGGAGGAGAAAAAGUCCAAGAUUUCUCAAAGCUUGGACACAACACAUGAUAUCAAAAUGCCUUCCAUUCACAAAAACUCUGAUAUAGAAGAUAUUUUAGAAAGGAGGAGUACUGAACAGUCACAUCACACUACUCACACCAAGAAUAGAAAUACCAGUUAUGAGAACUAUGCAGAAGAUGGAAUCGAUGUUCGAGCAAUCUUGAAUCAGCAGAGAUAUACUAACUAUAAGCAUGACAUUGAAAAAAUUGUGAAUUCCCCAAACUCUAAAGACUUUAUGAAGGAGUACAAGAAAAUCAGAGCCAAGAAUGCAUCAAAAUCUCAAGAAAGGAAAUUCAAACAAUUCAACAUCAAAGCUUUCAUCUUGAAGAACACGUACUUAAAAGAACUGGACUACAUGGAAAGAGAUAGGAGAAUUAAAGAGGUACAGAAGAACAGACAAAAUAUUCUACUUAGUAAGAGGAAUAAGUACCUUUACAAGUAA